AUGUCGGCGGCGCAGGUGUCCUCGUCCCGGAGACAGUCUUGCUACCUGUGCGACCUGCCCCGCAUGCCCUGGGCCAUGAUCUGGGACUUCUCGGAACCCGUAUGCCGCGGUUGCGUCAACUACGAAGGCGCCGAUCGCAUCGAGUUCGUGAUCGAGACGGCGCGCCAGCUGAAGCGGGCGCACGGCUGUUUUCAGGACGGCCGCUCCCCCGGGCCGCCGCCGCCCGUCGGGGUCAAGACGGUGGCCCUGUCGGCUAAGGAGGCGGCGGCUGCAGCAGCGGCGGCAGCCGCCGCCGCACAGCAGCAGCAGCAGCAACAGCAGCAGCAGCAGCAGCAGCAGCAACAGCAGCAGCAACAACAACAGCAGCAGCAACAGCAGCUCAACCACGUCGAUGGUUCCAGCAAGCCUGCUGUGCUGGCGGCCCCGUCCGGCCUGGAGCGCUAUGGCCUGAGCGCUGCAGCCGCCGCCGCCGCCGCCGCGGCCGCAGCGGUAGAGCAGCGCAGCCGCUUCGAGUACCCGCCACCGCCGGUGAGCUUGGGAAGCAGCAGCCACGCCGCGCGGCUGCCCAACGGCCUGGGGGGCCCCAAUGGCUUCCCCAAGCCGACACCGGAGGAGGGACCCCCGGAGCUGAACCGGCAGAGCCCCAACUCCUCUUCAGCCGCGGCGUCGGUGGCGUCUCGGCGCGGGACGCAUGGUGGGCUAGUGACGGGGCUGCCCAACCCGGGGGGUGGUGGAGGCCCCCAGCUCACGGUGCCCCCCAACCUGCUGCCGCAGACUCUACUUAACGGCCCGGCCAGUGCCGCCGUGCUGCCCCCACCGCCGCCCCACGGCCUGGGCAGUCGUGGGCCCCCGACGCCCGCGCCCCCAGGGGCGCCCGGGGGCCCCGCUUGUCUUGGGGGCGCUCCGGGCGUAUCAGCUGCGUCGUCCUCGGCAUCGUCUUCGACCUCGUCGUCGGUGGCGGAGGUGGCUGUGGGUGCUGGUGGCAAAAGGCCAGGCUCGGUCUCGAGCACAGACCAGGAGCGCGAGCUGAAGGAGAAGCAGCGGAACGCCGAGGCCCUGGCCGAGCUGAGCGAGAGCCUGCGCAACCGCGCGGAGGAGUGGGCCAACAAGCCCAAGAUGGUCCGCGACACGCUGCUCACGCUGGCUGGCUGCACGCCCUACGAGGUGCGCUUCAAGAAGGACCACUCGCUGCUGGGCCGCGUCUUUGCCUUCGACGCUGUCUCCAAGCCCGGCAUGGACUACGAGUUGAAGCUGUUUAUUGAGUACCCCACGGGCUCAGGCAACGUGUACUCCAGCGCAUCUGGUGUGGCCAAGCAGAUGUACCAGGACUGUAUGAAGGACUUCGGCCGGGGUCUCUCCUCCGGCUUCAAGUAUCUGGAGUACGAGAAGAAGCACGGCUCUGGGGACUGGCGCCUGCUUGGAGACCUGCUGCCUGAGGCCGUGCGCUUCUUCAAGGAGGGCGUGCCCGGCGCCGACAUGCUGCCCCAGCCCUACCUGGACGCCAGCUGCCCUAUGCUGCCCACGGCGCUGGUGAGUCUAAGCCGCGCCCCCAGCGCGCCCCCGGGCACCGGGACCCUGCCGCCUGCCACCCCUUCGGGCAGAGGCACAGCCGCCAGUCUUCGCAAGAGGAAGGCGUCCCCCGAGCCCCCGGACUCCGCCGAGGGCGCCCUAAAACUGGGCGAGGAGCAGCAGAGGCAGCAGUGGAUGGCGAACCAGAGCGAGGCCCUAAAGCUCACCAUGUCGGCCGGGGGCUUUGCGGCUCCCGGGCAUGCCGCGGGGGGUCCGCCCCCACCGCCUCCGCCCCUGGGACCCCACUCCAACCGGACCACCCCGCCCGAGUCAGCCCCUCAGAACGGGCCGUCCCCCAUGGCCGCCCUCAUGUCGGUGGCAGACACUCUGGGCACGGCGCACUCGCCCAAGGACGGCAGUUCCGUGCACUCCACCACUGCGUCCUCGAGGCGCAACAGCAGCAGCCCGGUGUCACCGGCCUCCGUGCCCGGGCAGCGCCGCUUGGCAUCGCGGAACGGGGACCUGAAUUUACAGGUGGCGCCCCCGCCGCCUAGCACCCACCCGGGCAUGGACCAAGUGCAUCCCCAAAACAUUCCGGAUUCCCCUAUGGCCAACAGCGGGCCCCUCUGCUGUACCAUUUGCCACGAACGUUUGGAGGACACGCAUUUCGUUCAGUGCCCAUCCGUCCCCAGCCACAAAUUCUGUUUCCCUUGCUCUAGAGAGAGUAUCAAGGCCCAAGGGGCCACCGGCGAGGUGUACUGCCCAGCGGAGAGAAAUGCCCUCUGGUUGGGUCGAAUGUACCUUGGGCCUUCAUGCAGGGCGAAAUCGCGACGAUCUUAGCUGGAGAUGUUAAAGUGAAAAGGAGAGAGACCCUUGAACCACAAGACCGCCACCUCCUCUGCCCCUGACCAGCUUUCUCUCCGAUCCAGAGGGCCCCUCCCCCACCCCCAGCGACCCUCCCUCCCCUCACCCCCAAGAUGUAGAAUUGUGAAUAUAACAAACUGCAAAAGUUAGUCUUAUGUAUAGACAUUAUUUUCGUCGUAUGUUUCUAUAUUUUGAAACAAAAGGUAUGUAACUUCUUCAUUUGAAGGAUAAGCUGGUUUGUGUUAAGCAGUAUAAUAUUGGUUGGGUCAUUUGCAUCAUUUCGUUAGCAUUUAUUUGGUGGCAGAGUGUUUGCCUAGGUACAGAAUUAAUAGCCCUUAGCAACGACUGCUGCUGGUGUGUAUUUUUGUAAAUGUUAUGCACUCUCUGAAAGGAAAAAAAAACACAAAAGAAAAUGACUUUUUUUUUUUUUUUUUUUGCCAAGGCCAGUGUUGCUGCCUAAAAAAAAAAAAAAAAGAUGCUAUAAAAUGGUGAAAGCUUCUUUCUAAACAGCCCCAAGAGUUGAAGUCUUCACUUUAUUUUGUUCCAUUUUGUUCUGUUUUGUUUUUUGUUUUUCUGUUUUGUUUGCAAAAUGGUAAAGGGGGGGUGUUGGGGGGGCGGGGUGUUUUCUGUUGCAAGUUUGUGAGGGAAAAUGUUUUGGUUUGUUUCUACUGACCUGAAUGUGUUGGAUCUUCACGUGUUGUUUUGUUUUUGCUUUAUUGAUGCACGGAUGCUUUUGAACAGUAGAGCGAAAUGCUAGACAUGGGGAAUCUGCUCUGUUUGUCCUUUAUACAUUUCUGUAGUUAACAGAACACUGUAAUGUGCCUUGGAGCUUAGUAACUUGUAAUAAAUUCAAUUGAUAUUAA